CGGCGGCAGCGGCAGCGGAGGGGGCGCUGGUGACUCAAGCAGCCAGAGCAAGCAACCCCAACACCACGCUGCAGGUGCUGACAUCUGAGAGCUGCCUUCCCCUCUGCUCCAGCCCUACACCAAGGCAUCAAAGCUGCGGUGCUGUGGGAUUAUGACUGCAGGGGGGCUGUGUUGAAUCUGCAAACCUCUGUUGUGCAUCAAGGACACAUGUGAGCAGGCAUCACCUCCUGCCCUUCAGAAAGCAUCUGAACCCCCAGCCCUGCAUCUCCUGCUUUCCUUCCCUCUGAGCCGCUGUGGAAGCCGAAGAGCUGGAGAGGACAGUGUGGCAGUUGAGAGGCACACCGUGAUGGUGGGAGCCAUUCCACGGCAGCCACGCCGCUUCUGGGGGGUGCCCGGCUGGCUGGUGUCUUCAGCUAACUGUGCCAACAGCCACCCCCUGCGGGACAGGGACGUUCAUCCGGAACAACCUGGGGUUCUGCUGCAGAGAGAUGCUGUGCUGCAGUGUAUCCCAUCGUAGAGGGCUCACCCAGGCAUCCUGAGUGAGGGGAGGUCCAGCUCCCACCGCCUGUCCUCACACCCUGACCUGUGGCACUUUACAGUCUCCCUUCUGCUACUGCAUGGGCUGUUGUGACUCCGGCUCCGCUCGGAGUCCAGGCAAGUGAGGCUCCAUGCGGCACAUCCACACGGAGACGUCCCUGCCCCCGGAGCGCAGCGCAGACCCCAGCCUGUCCCAGCCCAGUGGAGAGGCACCCUUGGAGGCUUCCUCGCAGCACUGCACCCACCGCAGCAUCCUCAUGGGCUACAACGAGACAGAGAUCAAGCGCCAGAAGGUUUAUCAGGUCUCCAUCUUCUCGCACCUCUCCAGCUCCUCGGGAAGCGCAGAGCAGCGGGCAGGCAGCCGGACGGCUGUCAAAAGGGGAUAUCCCGAGCAGCGAACUACAGAGGGAGGGCGAGACCCCAAGCGAACUCAAUGGGGUGUCGGAGGGGUGGAUGGCAAAUGUGACAUGGACCCUGGGCAGGCUUCCCUGGAUGAUGAUGAUACCUUUGAGGAUGGUCUGCUGGUGGAGGAGCUCUCCCUGUGCGGCUCUGCACAGCACUUCUCCCACAGCGGGCUGCGGGUAGUGGAGCACCGGUGUGAGAGCAGCCCUAUCCACAGCCCCAAGGCCAGCAGAGAGGACAAGCUGCAGGAUGUCUCCUCUUCCUCCUGGCCACAGCACAUUGCCUGCAGUACUUUGCACAAGAGAGAUGGUUGCCCUGUCUCUUCUGGGGAUCAGCCCAUAGACUAUGGGCAGAAUGGAGAGCGGGCAAGUGGCCACAGCUUGCUUCACCUUGAUUUGCACAAUAUUGCACACACAGCCCAGCUGGACUCUGGUGGGAAGGAAGAGGGGCUGGGGAGCAGCCUGGCACACAGCAGCAAGGCUAGUGGAGAAGAGGGAUGGUCAGCAGUGCCCAAUGGGUGCAAGGAGCCCGCAGCUCCACAGACAGCACUCAGCCCUGAGCCCAGCAACCUGGGCUCCCUGGACAAGACACCCUGUGGGAGCAGCCAGUUCAGUGCCAGCAGCUGCCCAGCCAAGAGGAAGCUGCUGCCUGCUGGUGAGGUUGUGGCUGACUCCUGCUCCGAGGAUGAGAGCCUGUCCCCACCAGUGAGGAAGAAGAGGGUCCUGCCGUGCCAUCCUGUGCCCACAGCCUGCCGCAGCACUGAUGCCAAGGGGGCUCCUUUCUGGAAUCACCUGCUGCCCACAGCCAAGAGCUCUGUGGACUGUACUGCAGUGGGGAGGAGGCUGAAGAGCGAGCUGCGCCUCAAAUCGCGACAUCUCCGGAGCAGCCUCCGGAGGGGCACCAGGUCCUCCUCAGCACCCUGGGCCACCACCACCAUCAGCCAUGCUCUGCUUGGCAACUUUGAGGAGUCCAUCCUGAAAGGGCGCUUUGCACCGUCGGGGAGGAUCGAGGGGUUCACAGCAGAGAUCGGUGCCAGCGGCUCCUACUGCCCCCAGCACGUCACGCUGCCCGUUGAUGUCACCUACUUCGAUGUCUCUGAACACAGCGCACCCUCACCUUUCCUGGGAGUGAUUGACUUGGAGGCCUUGGGAAAGAAGGGUUACAGUGUCCCCAAAGCUGGAACCAUCCAAGUGACCUUAUUUAACCCCAACAAGACUGUGGUGAAGAUGUUCUUGGUGACAUACGACUUCCAGGACAUGCCUGCCAACCACAUGACCUUCCUUCGCCACCGCAUCUUCCUGGUGCCCGUGGGGGAGGAAGAAGGGGCCAGCACGGCCCACAGGGACCCAUCAGGCCCCAGCCCACCACGCAGGGUCCUGUGCUACCUGAUGCACCUAAGGUUUCACAGCUCCAAGUCGGGGAAGAUCUACCUUCACAAUGACAUCCGGCUGCUCUUCUCCCGCAAGUCCAUCGAGGUUGACUCGGGCAUCCCCUAUGAACUGAAAUCCUUCACGGAGAUGCCGAGGAAUCCCUGCUACUCACCCCGGGCCUGACCUGCACCCUCCAGGAGCCUCCAGCGCGGCAGGGAUGAGUGAAGGGCCAGCAUCGAGCACUGCCUUGAAGCAUCACCUGCCCCAAGUGCUUCCAAGCAGUGUGGACACUGUGCCCUGCAGCAUUCCAGGGACAUGUCCUUAUGGCAGCGCUGGACACUUGGCUAUGGCUGUGGGGGGGGGAGUGAAGGGUUGUGCUGGGGGCUGCGGGUGAGGCUGCCCUCGCUGUUCCCGGGAUUGGGAGCAGGAAGUGUGGAAGAGUUUGUAUUUAUUAGUAUUUAUUGUUGCUGGGAGCUCAGAGCAGGCUUGUGCUGAGGCUCGGAGGUGCUGUGCUGCUCUGCUCCCCCUCCUGUCGGUGAUGGAUGAGGCCCCGGCAGCGCAGGGAUCAUGAGGAUCAUGGGGACGGGGAGGGUGAAUGGGGAUGUGGAUGC